CCCAAGACGGCUUCUUGACGCAAGGCUUGAUCUCGCAAAAGAAUCACCACAUCUCCCGCACACAAUUUAGAACAAGCUACCGUCAUCGAGAACUGCAAAAACAACGGACGACCUCAAGUGUUCGAUAUUACAACAAAAGCUCAUCGGAAGAACUUUGAAGCCGUCACCAUGUCUGACAAGGAGUUUGGUGGAAAUGAUGACCUGAGUUUGCCAAAAGCAACUGUCCAAAAGAUCGUCUCUGAAAUCCUCCCACCAGCAUCAGGCAUGGGUUUCACCAAGGAUGCCCGAGAUCUCCUCAUCGAAUGCUGCGUCGAGUUCAUCACCCUCAUCUCCUCAGAAGCCAACGAGAUCAGCGAGAAGGAAAGCAAGAAGACCAUCGCCGUUGAGCACAUCACCAAGGCUUUGGAACAAUUGGGAUUCGGCGACUAUGUUGCGGAUAUCAACGAGGUUGCUAAUGAGCACAAGGAGCAACUGAAGGGACGAGAGAAGAAGGCCAACAAGCUGGAGCAAAGUGGCAUGACGACUGAUGAGCUUCUGGCAAUUCAAGAGGCUGCUUUCAAGGAGGCUGCUCAACGACAUGGAUGAACCUUUCUUUCUUUGACUGCAUGGUUUUCUAAUUAUCGCAUGGUAUUCAAAAUUUCGUCGCAUAGCUCACUGGGUGGAUAUGAAUGGGUAACAGGCGUUGGUGGAUAGCAAAUGCGACUCGGUUUCUUCAUGGCCCUCUCCAAAUCGAACAAAACCUAUACCAAAGUGGGUGCAUACCAAACAACAGUUUCCCGUCUCCAAUUUUCCAUUUCUGGGAACAAUUUUUCUUUGUCUGCUUCUUUGGACAUAUUCUUCAAUUAACAUUGAGCUCCGCACUCC